UCACCUGUUACAAUCAAAAUGAAAUUGGAAAGAUAAAUAAAUAGUUCGCUGUAUCUGGGUAUUUUUAAAUAAAUGAUAAGAUUACAGUGAUAAUGCUAAACGUAAUGAGAAGAAGCUCAAGGCCGACUAGAACCGUCGAAUUAGACAAUAUUAAGUUAGCUUAAUUUAACACUUUUCUAAAUGUAAUUCUGCAGUUGGUACAGCACAUCCUGUGUAAUGUUGUUUGCGAAAUUUAGUUCGCUAUCGUGCUAAUAUAUCGUUUUUAAUUAAUAACUUAUAUAUUUUUAGAAAUUGGUUAAAUAUACCGAGUGUACCUAUAAUCGAUAGUUGAACAGAAGUGUUUAAGUGUGAAUAAACUGUAAAUUUGUGUUUUCAAAUUGCGGGGCCCGUACUAUGAAAGACCUUUGUGUGCCUUGGUCACCUGAUCUAAACCGAAGAUAAUUAUUUCAAGUUCAAGCCACUUUGAAAAGGUGACAACAUGUUGGUCCAUGCGCGAAAAGACUCGCCGCCAAACAAUUUGUUUAACAAUACAUCUAAAAAUGGAAAACCGCGAGCCCUCUUCAAAAAAUCUCACACGUGCGGUAGUUUCUACGCGAAAUGCGGCUGCAGUGAAAAUUUGGAAUUGAAAGGUGAAAAUAAAGAUCUUCAGUAUUCCAAAUCCACGGAACAGGAGCGAAUUAGCAAGUUGAGUUUAGAGGAAACGAAUACUCCUUCUUUGAAAAGUAAACGAUAUUCCAAUCCAGAUCUGACAAGGUAUACGAAAAGUGCAGAGGUUUGUCUUUGUCCGAAAUUGCCGAAAGGAUCUAACGUUGUAAAAACAAAUGUAUACUUAGAGCAUCCAGAAAUAAGUUUUCCAAUUCCAGUAGAAUUACCUGCCGAAUGCUGUGAUAAAUGUUCGCACCUAAGUAGAUCUCCACCACCGAAUCUCCAUCCCGAAUUAAAAAAUAAAUUAGACUAUCACAAAUACACUGCCUUGACCUACGAAGGCCAGUCAGUUCAAAAACAAGACGAAGCUCAAAAAUUCCUCCAAGAUUUCGGUAUCCUCCAACCAACACCGAUGGGUAACGGUGUUUCUAGUAUUAGAAAAAGUUCCGUGGAUGGAGAAGUUAUACAAAAAAUCCAAAGGACUUCCAAACACAUCGAAAUCAAAAGGCAGAGCAUAGCAGACCACGAAGAUUAUGAAUAUCUUAAAUCUAUUGUAGCAAAACUAAAAUUUGAAAUAUUGGAGUUAGAGGGAAAGUAUGAGGCCACUCAUACAGAGUUAGUGGAUGUUAAGACACAUUUGAAUAAUAAAGAAGCUCAAGUUUUGAAGUUGCAGCGAGAGGUGCAUAAACUCAAGAGCGUUUUACAACAAACUAAUGUCAGCAGAGAUGGCGAACUUCUGGCAAAUAUACAAAAACAACAUGCAAUGGCAAAUAGAGUUCCACAAAAUCUUACGCUUAACACCAGCAAUCAUUCCAAGAAACAAGGUGUUUCGGCUGAAUCAAGCGAAGCUGCUGGAGAAGCAGUUAAUAUUUCCAUAAUGAAAUAUGAUAAAGACUUUAGAUCCAAACAACUAAUCAAAGGUGCCAUAAUGGAUAACAGUUUUCUAAAACACUUAGACACAUCACAAGUACGAGAAAUGGUGGAUGCCAUGUACGCCAAAGAGUUCUCAGCUGGUGCAUUGGUGGUUAAAGAAGGUGAAACAGGGAUUCAUUUGUAUGUUUCUGGAGAAGGAGAUUUUGAAAUUAUUAAAGAUGGUAAAGUGUUAGGACUCAUGGGACCGGGAAAAGCAUUUGGAGAACUUGCUAUUUUGUACAAUUGCACUAGAACUGCUUCUAUUCGCGCUGUUACUGGCGUAAAAGUAUGGAUACUGGACAGAAAGGUUUUCCAGCAAAUUAUGAUGAGAACUGGUUUACAAAGGCUGGAGGAUAAUCUUAAAUUCCUAAAAUCGGUUCCUCUUCUUCAGAAUCUCAGUAAUGAUGUCUUAGCGAAGAUUGCCGAUUCAUUAGAGGUGGAAUUUUAUCCAGCCGGUGCAUAUAUCAUUCGACAGGGAGCUAGUGGAGACACUUUCUUCAUAAUUAGUAGUGGAAAUGUCACAGUUACUCAAAGAUUACCAGGACAAAUGGAAGAAGAAGAAAUUCGUGUUCUUCGAAGAGGAGACUAUUUCGGUGAACAAGCUUUGCUUAAAGAAGAUUUUCGCACAGCUUCCGUUAUCGCCAUGCAUCCAGGUGUAGAAUGCUUAACUUUAGACAGGGACUCGUUUAAGCAACUUAUCGGCGAUAUAAGUGAAAUUAGAGAAAAAGACUACGGCGAUGAAGAAAGACUGAAUAAAACAUCAACAAUAAUGGAGCAGCAAGAAUACGAUUUCAUUACACUAGACGAUUUAGAAGUAAUAGCUACUUUGGGAAUAGGAGGAUUUGGAAGAGUAGAACUGGUACAAUACGUCUCUAACCCAUCAUAUACAUUUGCUUUAAAAUGUUUAAAAAAGCAGCAUAUCGUAGACACGCAACAACAAGAUCAUGUACAAAGUGAAAGAAGCAUUAUGAUGAGCUGUCGCAGUCCAUUUAUUUGUCGAUUAUAUAGAAGUUUUCGAGAUUCAAAAUACGUCUACAUGCUUUUGGAAGCCUGUUUGGGAGGAGAAGUUUGGACAAUACUUAGAGACAGAGGAUGUUUCGACGAUCAUACCACCAGAUUUAUCACAGCUUGUGUCAUCGAAGCGUUCGAAUAUUUACAUGCUCGAGGAAUUAUCUACAGAGAUUUAAAACCGGAAAAUCUUUUAUUGGACUCAAGAGGUUACGUGAAAAUAGUAGACUUUGGAUUUUCGAAACGAUUGGGAUACAGCAGUAAGACUUGGACGUUCUGCGGAACUCCCGAAUACGUUGCUCCCGAGGUGAUACUUAAUAAAGGGCAUGAUAAAGCUGUUGAUUUUUGGGCAUUGGGAAUUUUGAUGCAUGAACUUUUAACUGGAAAUCCACCAUUCAGAGCUUCAGACCCAAUGAAUACUUACAAUAUAAUAUUAAAAGGAAUCGAUAUGAUUGAUUUUGCUAAGCACAAUGUCGGCAGAACGGCGCAAGGAUUGAUCAAAAAAUUAUGUAAGGAUAUACCGUCGGAGAGGUUAGGAUGCCAGAGAGGAGGUAUCCAGGACAUUAAAAAACAUAAAUGGUUCCAAGGUUUUGACUGGGAUGGUCUCAUAAAACAAACUCUCCCAGCACCUAUUCAACAAACCGUCAGAAGUCCCAGCGACACCUCUAAUUUUGAUGAAUUUCCAAACGAUGGUGACAUUCCUCCUGACGAACAUUCCAAUUGGGAUAUUAACUUUUAACGUAAAGAAUGAUAAUAGUAUUUAGUGCAUGUUUAUAUCUAGGUGUAUUGAACGAAUUACAAAUUUCGUCUCAGUCCUGAAAUUAAGGGCUUUAAAUUAUCAGAUCCAUUUGACAGCAUUUAUAUCUUUUAACAUUGUCGUUUAGCAUCAAAAAGUAGAGCAACAAGACCAUAAAUCACAUUUUCUUUUUAAUUACUUACUAUGUAUUUCUAAACACACUCUAAUAUUACAAUAAUAUCUACACUACUUUUAAUUCAUCAUGUCAGUGCUGAAGUGAAUCAAAAAUGUGUCUGCUUAGCAUACUAAGAUUGCAAGUUUAAACUCUGUUCCAAACUGGCACUGGUAAAUACCAGCAAGGCGUUUUGUUUCUGAGUAAACUACUAGGAUUGUUCGAUUACUACGUGACCUAACAAAGAAAAAGAAAGUAUUUUUCGUCCAAAAAUAUUUCAUUUUUCAAUAUACGAGAUCCUUAAAUUAAAUUAAAAGACUAUGUGAAACAUCAACUAAAUUUUCACAAGAAUGUACAUCAACUGUGUUCUUUUUUAAAGAACUUCACUUGCCUAUAGCCCCCUCAUUAAAAACGCUUUUUUUUUUAAAUACUACGGUGUUACCGUUUUGUCCUUCAUCUCUUCUAAUGUCUCAAAACUAAUUCCUUUCAACUAUUUUUUAUUUUGUGGGAAUAGCCAGUCCUAGGGUGUUAAGUUCUGUCAACACGGUAUGUGGCUAAGUGUAGUGCCUACCAUAGAUAAAUUAAAAAAGAAGAUAGUCGGAUCCCGUGUUAAUUUUUGGAAACAUAAAGUGCUGCGAAUUAGUAUGGAACGGAUUAUUUUUAACUACACUAGCUGAUCGACUUGCCAGUUAGAGACUGAAUAAAAAAAAGAAGAAUAAAAAAAGAAGAGCUUUAAGCCAAUUCAAAUAUAAUUUAUUAUUUAUUUAAUUUUUUUGGCAUUCAUUACUCUAAAAAAAAUAAUAUUUACAUUAAAUAAUGUAUUUAACAUAAAUAUUAGUUUUUUUUACGUAAUAAAACUCCAAAAAAUAUAAACAAAAAAUAUUUACAUUAAAAUAAAAUAUUUGAAACCUAUAUUUUAAUUAUGUAUCAUACAGUAAUACGUACAUAGUAAUGAGCUCAAUAUUAAACAACAAUUGUAAGUAAAAUGAAUAGUAGGUAAUCUCCCCAUUCUUGGAAAAAUGGACCAUAUUUUGUUGGGUGUCCGGUGUUUCCUAUAAAAACAAAACAAAAGUGUACAUAUGUCUUAUUGAACAAUUUCUCUUAUAAAAUAUUAAUAAAGUACAAUUUUUUCUCUUUAGGAUCGUUCAAAUUGUUCAUCACUAAUUAUUAAAUUUACGUUUGCAACUGAUUUCUUGAGUUUCUUAUGCUGCUAUAUUUGUGCUUCAGCCUCAACAUAUUCAGAAAUCUAAUUCUCAGGUUGUAUAUUUGAACUGGAUGCACAAUUAUUUAAUGAAAUUGGUACAGGAUGUCCAACUAGCAGUUUACGUUUUGAGGAAACCUUACUAAAAGACUCAAGCAAAAAUGGUUUGCACAAAGAUAGCCAGUAUUAUUAUCUAAAGUUAAAUUUAAAGGCUUAAACUAGUUCUGGCAAAUUUUAAUAUCGGAAGGAAAAUUAAUACCCAACUUUCUGAAUUUUAAAAUAAUACUUAUUUAAACAAUUAGGAUCUGAACAAGAAUACUCUCGAGAAUACUUGGAGAGAAGGCUAAGAAAACAAUUAUAAACAAAUUCCUUAAAUAAAUCUACACACCUCUAAUAUUAAAUUAAAUUGCUAAUACUUACUAAUUACAUUAAAUUACAUCAUAAAUCAUAAAGUAAGUUUUAUUUUAUCAUUUCAUUAUCAUAUUUGGCAUUUGCAUUUGCAUCACGGUUUUUCAUUUUUUAGGAAGUUGUCAGCUCUUUGUUUUAAAAAUCCCAGCAGUAGUAUGUACAUUGUAUGGAUGGUAUGGUGUGCAUGUAGAUUGAUAAAAAAUUAAAAUAAGAUAAAUUUGAAAUAACUCUCAUCUCAUGAAAGUUUACGGAAACCGGCAACAUCGCUUUCAUACUAUUGCUAUGGUGGCGCUUACUAAUAGCACAGCUUAUACAAUAUAAGCUGUGCUAAUAGUAUGCUGGGAACUACAACGUGUUGACAGUGGCGUGCAAUUAAAAAAGUCAUCUUGAUUUAUUAAUAAUUUAUGGUGCCUACUGUCGCACUACCUUUCACCUUACUCAUACCAACCUUCUGCAAAUCUAUAACCAUUAAUUUUUGUUGUAGUCUUGGCAGGAUAAAUAAGCUCACUUCACCGUAGCUCCCUGGUUACCGGGAGAUGAGAUAUUAAAAGAUAAAUAAAAUUGUUAUUAUGACUUUAAAAUUUAUAAUUAUUUUAAUAUUUUUAUUUUAGAAUUAUAAACGAUAAUUAAUUAUUUUAUUGAUGGGAUAAACACAUUUAAAGAUCCCACACUAAGCAAAGGGAUUUUGUCAUCAGCCAAAAAUGUCUUAACUGAAAGAGCAUUGUGGGUCCUUAACAUCAUAAAUCACGUUGAGCAAUGACGCCCUUUGCAUUAAUCACCUUCAACUGCUUCAUGACCUUCCAAAAAUGUCUUAUUCAAAAUAAUAACCAUUUCUCGUGACAUACAACUAUCUUCGUUAACAUCUUUUAAUAGUUGAAGACAUUAUGUGAAGGUUUUUUAAAUUUUAUAAGAAACUUCACUUCCAACGACUGCUAAAAAUAGACUAUUCAAGCUAAGACAACGGGACUAAUCUCGUUAGCUAUAGGACACUUCAUGCUUAACAAUUAUCCCAGGGAGAUCGCCAUGGAAAAUAAACCUGUUACAUCGGCGCCCAGUCUUAUAAUUUAAUUCUCGGGCCUUGUAGUCUCCAGUUGCUCAAUACACUGAUUCCAACGAUAUUCCUAAUUGGCAAUGCUUUCAUUGUAGGUUGAUAAACCCAAGUCCUCGACUAUAUUUACAGUAGCGAUUAUUUUGGAGUUGGAGAAAAAUCUCUUAAAAAUCUCUUCAGCAGAGCUAUUUUUCAGGUUUGGAAACAGACGAUAAUGUUGCAACAAAUUCGGAUGAUACUGGCUAUUUAUUGUUUUCUCCUUUUCUAAGUAGUCGACCAGGAGAAUUCCAAAACAUAGUAGUUGCCAUAACCUUUUCUACUGACAAGACCGUUUUUGCCUUCUUUGGUAGCGGAAAACCUUUGUGUGUCCAUUGUUUGAACUGUUCUUUGCUGUCGUGAGUAUAAUGGUGGAUACAGGUCCAACUGAGUCAAAGAUAUUUUGUCCAUCGAAAGCUCCUUGAUUCCGCAACAGGUGUAAAUUUUUCUUCUUGUAUAUCGACUUUCAUAAAUUACUUAACAUUCCAAAUAAUCUAAAACUCGUAGUUUUGAUUGAUCCGCGAAUUCCAAAGGUAUAUUGUUGCAUUUUAGAUCGCACUUGGAGUAUUUCAGACACUGCAUAAAGUCUUUAGCUGCUGCACAUAUUUUGGCCCGUGUAUCCAGGGUACAUACAAAGAAUAUAUCUGGAUUUAAGGUUGAUUGAACUUGUACUCGAAUUUGUCGAUUUUAAUAUUUGUUGAGUCAUACUCAAUAAAAGUAAUUUUUAGGCACCUUAUGUUUGCAUAAUUGUCUACUUCAGAUGCCGUUUUUGUGGUAUGGACUUUUGAUAGGCAAAAUUUUGUUUAAUGAUCUUUGACAACCUCAUCUGCCGCCUCAAUAAUGACAGUCAUUCUGGUAAUAGGGAAUUUUGAAAACAUACUCUGCGAACGCAAGUAUCUCUAAAAAUUAUAGAACAGUGGUGCAAGGACCAUUCACUAUCUAUCAAUCCUAAGAAGACAGAAAUUGUCUUUUUCACAAGGAAAAGGACGAAAAUAGAAUUAAAACCUGCAGAACUCCUUAACACAAAAACCUCUGCAACAGAGAUGAAGUACCUAAGUCUCCCCUUUGACAGCUAGUUAACAUGGAACUCGCAUUUAGAAGACAGAGUCUAAAGAGCAUACAGUGUUUAUGAACAGUGCCGCCAAACUGUGGGGCGCAUCUGGGGUUUCUUCCUCAGGGUCGUCACAUGGACUUACACGGCUUUCAUAAGACCUAUGCUAACAAACGAUGCAGUUAUCUGGGUACCAAAAACUCAAAAAUUAACAGCUAUCCUUAAACUAGAACAAAUUCAAAGAACAGCAUGUCUCAAUAUAGGAGGAGCCAUUAAAACCACACCGACUGGAGCCAUGGAAGUCAUUCUUAGUCUCACCCGCCUUGAUGUUUACAUCAAGGAGAUUGUUCUGAUGAACAUGACAUGCUUUCGCAAAAUUGGAAUAGUAUCUCAUGUAGGAUGUAGUGAAGCGAGAUGUCGCUUUUAGCAGAAGGAGCUGGAUACGCUCCCACUGCUUUAAGCGGGUCCAUCUAUAACAGCACAAAUAGAAGAGUCGGGAGUGGCUGAUACGAUUCAUAUCUACACCGAUGGUUCUAAAACAAAACGGCUCAGGAUGUGGAAUAUAUUCUAGAUCCUUAAACCUAAAUAUAAAAUGGGCUCUGAGCAAUAGUGUCAGUGUAGUUCAAACAGAGCUUACGGGAAUUCUCAUAGCAUCAAAAUAAAUCACCAGAAACAAUAUCACUGAAAGGAACAUGCUCAUCUAUACAGAUACCAGACAAGCACUACUCACCCUGAACAGACCACGAAUCUACUCAGGGUUAGUACGAGAAUGUUACGAAGCUCUGGCUAAAGUAUCCAUCAACAAUGAGGUCACCUUAGGGUUAAUCAAAGGUGACGCCACAUUGAAAGAUAACCGUCUUUCUGAUUCACUAGCCAAGAAAGCAUCCAACCAAAUACUUCUUGGACCUGGCCCUUCUAUCGGCCUAACAAAAUCGGUAGUGACAGACCUAAUUAAAGAACAUUCCCUUGUGAAAUUUAAGGGAAAAUGGGAUGAAACAAGAAACUGCAGAGUUGCCAAGGAGCUCUUAAGUUAUUCUGACAACACUGCAGCAAACAAAUUCUUGACUAUGACUAGACAAAAUCUGCGCCUAGUCACAGGCAAUCUGACUGGUUAUUGCCAAGUACGGAAGCAUCUCCAUAUCAUGGGGCUGUCAGAAUCCGCACUCUGCAGAGACAAGAAGAUGAGACCAUCGAGCACAUCCUAUACGAUUGCUCGACGCUCUCAUUUAUUAGAAGAUUUGUGUUCGGUGAGUAUUGGCUGAUAUAAGAGAAGCACCUCUUGGCUAGGACGCGCCUAUCAUCUUAGGAGGAUGCACAAUGGGCCUAGUUAUUACUAAGUGCCGUGGAGGUGACCCUACACACGUUACAGAUACAGAUGGCCCUUUCACUUACAUUUAUCUGCUGGACAUUUAAAAUUAUUAUCUUGCUUUUCCACAUCUUAAACACUUUUUUUAUAAAAGUUUCCACUUGGUAUAUUACUUAUUUUAAUUUUAGCGAUAUUUUUAUUGCAAAGGUUUUUUCGUUUCAUGCUGUUUUCUCAAAUUCACUAAGUUUUACAAUGUCUUCCAUGCUUGCGGAUAGUUGAAAAUGUUUACUUUUUUCUAUAGAAUGAAGAAAAGAAUUCUCCUUCUUCCUGCUUUCUGGACAUAAAUUUACUUCUUCUAGUUCGGCUGUUCUGUUUCUUUUUAAAGUAAUGCUCUAAUUUAUCUAACAAGUCUAUAUAAGUUCAGAGAAAUAUUGGUUACAAAAUUAUUCCAAGAGGACUUGGAUCUGUUUAUCACACUCAUUUUCUACGUUUUGAAAGGUUAUUUAGUUUUCAAAUUUCCAUCUCCAGUCUUUGAACUUUUGAUAAGUUAAACUUUAUACAGGUAUUCAGGGCCAGGAGCUGCAUUUGAUAAACGUACAUAGCUGUAGAAUUAUUCCAAUUUCUUUUUCUAUUUUCACUUCUGAUGGUAUCAUGCAGCACUACUGACUGUAAUGAUAUUCUUUUAUUCUUCUGUUGCGUAUCCGCGUUCUUAGAAAAGAGAACAUGUAUUAUAUCUUGCAGAGACUUUAUGCUUUCUUGAGUAGACAUGACCAAAUUUUCAAUGCCGGAUUUACUGGAUCUGCCUUUUCUCUUUUUAUGACAGCGCCACGAUAUGAUUCAAUAAAAAUAAUAUCUUUAUUGAAAUCAAAUUUAACAAUACCUACCAACAAAUGACCAACAAGUAACACAAGUAGUCCCUAGGACUAUAAGUAAGUAAGUAAGUAAGUAAGUUAGUACAUGAAUUAUGCUAUUUCCACAUUCACUAUAUCUACUAUCUCACAUACGUUUACUCGACAGUUGUCCGAUACGAUACAGUGGAUUUUUGCAAUCAUAUCCAGGCAGUAGCAGUUUUAGGACAUCUACUACGGAGUUCAUCAUUUGUGCUCAUAUGACUACUUUUAAAUUCGGCAAGCCAGUUUUUUGCUAGUAAAAACGAAAGUGGGAAUCCAAUAGUCUCUAUUCCAGCGAUGCUUUGAUUUUGGUUGGCGUUAACCUUUCAAAUGAGAGUACUUUAUCACUGUUCUUAAUUUAGUAUUUCAAAUUGUUUAUAAAAUCACACGAGACGUACUUUGACGUACUGUCAAAAAUAGACUAAUUGACAAAUCUUUCUUUAAUGUCAUAUUUAACCUAUUAAAAGAUGAUUAUACAGAAUGACAAUAAAGCUUUCUACGAAUUCGCACCAUCUCUGCGACUGUUAGGCCACAUAUUUACCGAACAAUCCUCGCAGUUAUUUUCGUUAAGAUGGACGAACCACUCGUUACACUACUUUUUACCAACACUGUAAAUAAAAUUAUAAAGUACUUAUAAAGCCAACAAAUUUAGCGGAUUUUUAACAUAAUCAUCUUUUGCUGUCAGAAAAAUGACGAGAAUUUGUUAUUAAAUUACAUCAGCCACUUAAGUUGAUUGGUGUAAACAGUUCGUGAGCUCAAAUUACAAUAAAAUCUUCCUGAAAGUUAUUUUUAUCCAUUUGUUGCAUUUAUAGGCACAUACUAAAAGUUUUGAACUUCUUUUGUCGUUGAUAAAUAAUUUCUCAAGAAUUUUUAAGAUUUGGAAGAAUUUUUACAGUACUGAGUAAAGUUGUUUUCAGAAUGAAUCAAAAGUAGCGUAGAUUUUAGUAAUUUCAAGUAUUUUCCUGUAGAAAUGGUGUUUAAUUUGAGUUUUAAUUUAGAAAUUGUUCACAUUUUAAGAGUUGAUAAUUUCGUAUUAUAAUCUAUUAAAUGCAACUCUUAAAUCGCGAUUACUGAUAAUCACAUGAGCGGAUGCACUCAAUAUUUGUUUCGGGCUUCAUGCGAUUAGAAAAUAAUCAAAAUGUCUAACUGAAACCAUGCAUAAAAAAGUUUUCUUUAAAGCUCCCUUUAUCGUUUGUAGAAUUAAAUAAAAAAAAAAUGGUGAUCUGAUGAAGAUGUAUUUUUUUAUCAUACAAGAAAGUUAACCGAUGUAUCGAAUUUCAGCAAACAUUCUAUUUUGAAAUUUUUAC